CCGGGGGAGACGGACUCGGCGCCUCCGCUGGGCAAACUCUCCGCCUCAACUUGCCGCAGGGCGAAAAGUUGGCCGCGCCGUUGCCCGGCCGCCCGCACGCCCCGGGGCCCCGGCAGGCGGCAAGAGCGGGGCAGGCCAGGGCAGGGGGCGGCCGCCCGCCUUCUUGCCUUCUCCCCUCCGGGGCGGGGCAGCGCCAAGGCGCCCCUCCCUCCGCGCGGUGGCCGGAGUCCGAAGAUGGCGCCGGGGCGGGAGCGGGAGCGGGAGCGGGGCUGGCUCGGCGCGGCCGGGGAGGACGUGGAGGCGGCGUGAGUGCGGGCGGGGCCAGGCCAGGCUCCGUUCGUCGCCGCCGGUCCGGCCGUCGCAUGGAGCAACAGGCGCCUCCUCCUGCUCCGCGGAGGCUCCGGCGGGGGCCGCGCCGUGGCAGCGCAGGGGACGCCGAGCAGCCCCCGCCGCGUCCGCCUCUCCUGAGCCGGAUUCCGUUGCUUGGAUCCAGAACCUUUGAAGGAACCAGCCCAGAGGCCCCCCCACUGAGCAAAGCAGAGUUUGUUGAGAAGGUUCGCCAGAGUAACCAGGCCUGCCAUGAUGGGGACUUCCACAAGGCCGUUGCCCUUUACAGUGAAACUCUGGGAGCUGAUCCUCAGAACUGCAUCUUGUAUAGCAAUCGCUCUGCAGCCUACAUGAAGACGCAGCAAUAUGACAAAGCUCUAGAUGAUGCCAUCAAGGCCCGACUCCUGAAUCCCAAAUGGCCCAAGGCCUACUUCCGACAGGGCGUCGCCCUCCAGUACCUGGGGCGCCAUGCAGACGCCCUGGCCGCCUUUGCCUCUGGGCUGGCCCAAGACCCCAAGAGCCUGCAGCUCCUGGUGGGGAUGGUGGAAGCCGCCAUGAAGUCCCCCAUGCGAGAGUCCCUCGAGCCGACAUACCAGCAGCUGCAGAAGAUGAAACUGGACAAGAGCCCCUUUGUGGUGGUCUCCGUGGUUGGCCAAGAGCUGCUGACGGCCGGCCACCACGGCGCCUCCGUGGUCGUGCUGGAGGCAGCCUUGAAGAUCGGCACCUGCAGCCUGAAGCUCAGGGGCUCCGUCUUCUCCGCCCUGAGCAGCGCCUAUUGGUCCCUCGGCAACAGCGAGAAGAGCACCGGCUACAUGCAGCAGGAUUUGGAUGUGGCCAAGACUUUAGGUGACCAGAUGGGCGAAUGCCGAGCUCAUGGGAAUCUGGGAUCUGCAUUUUUCUCCAAAGGAAAUUACCGGGAGGCUCUUACCAACCACCGGCACCAGCUGAUGCUUGCCAUGAAGCUGAAGGACAGAGAGGCGGCCUCCUCUGCCCUGAGCAGCCUGGGCCACGUCUACACCGCCAUCGGCGACUACCCCAAUGCUCUGGCCAGCCACAAGCAGUGUGUCCUCCUGGCCAAGCAAGGCAAGGACGACCUCUCGGAGGCGCGAGAGCUGGGCAACAUGGGCGCCGUCUACAUUGCCAUGGGUGACUUUGAGAAUGCCGUGCGCUCCCACGAGCAGCACCUGGAGAUCGCCAAGGAGCUGGGCAACAAGCGCGAGGAGGCGCGGGCCUACAGCAACCUGGGCAGCGCCUACCACUACCGGCGCAACUUCGACAAGGCCCUGUCCUACCACAACCACGUCCUGGCGCUGGCCCAGGAGCUGGCAGAGAAGGCGAUCGAGAUGCGCGCCUACGCCGGCCUGGGCCACGCGGCCCGCUGCCUGCAGGACCUGGAGAGGGCCAAGAGGUACCACGAGGAGCAGCUGUGCAUUGCGGAGAGCCUGCAGGACCGAGCUGCCGAGGGCCGCGCCUCCUCCAAUCUCGGUAUCAUCCACCAGAUGAAGGGGGAGUACGAGAAGGCGCUGCAGCUGCACAAGGCCCACCUGUCCAUAGCCCAGGAGCUGAACGAUUACGCCGCCCAGGGCCGGGCCUACGGCAACAUGGGCAACGCCUACAACGCCCUGGGCCUCUUCGACCAGGCUGUCAAAUACCACCGGCAGGAGCUGCAGAUCUCCAUGGAGGUGAACGACCGAGCCUCGCAGGCCUCCACCCACGGCAACCUGGCUGUGGCCUACCAGGCGGUGGGGGCUCACGACCGGGCCCUCCAGCACUACCAGAACCACCUCAACAUCGCCCGGGAGCUGCGGGACAUCCAGAGCGAGGCUCGGGCCCUGGGCAACCUGGGCAACUUCCACUGUUCCCGCGGGGAGUUUGCCCAGGCGGCCCCCUACUACGAGCAGUACCUGCUGCUCUCCCCGGAGCUGCAGGACAUGGAGGGCGAGGGCAAAGUGUGCCACAACCUGGGCUACGCCCACUACUGCUUGGGCAACUACGAGGAGGCCGUGAAGUACUACGAGCAGGACCUGGCCCUGGCCACAGACCUGCGCGAGAAGCUGAGCCAAGCCAAAGCCUACUGCAACCUGGGCUUGGCCUUCAAGGCCCUGGCCAACUUCAGCAAGGCCGAGGAGUGCCAGAAAUUCCUCCUGUCCCUGGCCCAGUCCCUCAGCAACACCCAAGCCAAGUUCCGGGCCCUGGGCAACCUGGGGGACAUCUAUGUCUGCAAGAAGGACCUCGGUGGGGCCAUCAAGUUCUACGAGCAGCAGCUGAGCCUGGCCCACCAGGCUGCGGACCGGAAGCUGGAGGCGAGCGCCUACGCGGCCCUGGGCGCUGCCUUCCGACUGGUGCAGAAGUACGACAAGGCCGUGGGCUACCACACGCAGGAACUGGAAGUGUACCAGGAGCUGGGCGAGGUGCCGGGGGAGUGCCAAGCACAUGGGCACCUGGCCGCCGUCUACAUGUCCCUGGGCAAGUACACCAUGGCCUUCAAGUGCUACGAGGAGCAGCUGGAGCUGGCCCAGAAGCUGCGGGAUCCGGGCAUUGAGGCCCAGGUCUAUGGCAACAUGGGCAUCACCAAGAUGAACAUGAACGCCAUGGAGGAGGCCAUUGGCUACUUUGAGCAGCAGCUGGCCAUGCUGCAGCAGCUGAGCGGGACGGAGGCCGUGCUGGACCGGGGCCGGGCCUUUGGCCACCUGGGCAACUGCUACGAGGUGCUGGGCGACUUUGAGGAGGCCAUCAAGUACUAUGAACAGUACCUGUCCGUAGCACAGAGCCUGAACCGCAUGCAGGACCAGGUGAAGGCUUACCGGGGCCUGGGCAACGGGCACAGGGCCAUGGGGAGCCUGCAGCAAGCCCUGGUCUGCUUUGAGAAGAGGCUGGUGGUGGCCCAUGAGCUUGGGGAGGCCUUUGACAAGGCCCAGGCCUACGGGGAGCUGGGGGCUCUUCACAGCCAGCUGGGCAACUGCGAGCAGGCCGUGUCUUGCCUGGAGCGCCAGCUGAGCAUUGCCCGGGAGAUGAAGGACCAGGCGCUGGAAGGGAGCGCCGCGUGUGGCUUGGGCAGCGUUUACCAGCAGAUGGGGGAGUAUGACACGGCCCUCCAGUACCACCAGCUGGAUCUCCAGAUCGCUGAGGAGACCGACAACCCGGCUUGCCAGGGGCGCGCCUACGGCAACCUGGGCCUGACCUACGAGGCGCUGGGCACGUACGAGAGAGCCGUGGUGUACCAGGAGCAGCACCUGAGCAUCGCUGCCCAGAUGAACGACCUGGUGGCCAAAACUGCUUCCUACAGCAGCCUGGGCAGGACGCACCACGCUUUGCAGAAUUACUCCCAGGCUGUCAUGUACCUGCAGGAAGGCCUGAGGCUGGCGGAGCAGCUGGGGCGCAGGGAGGAUGAAGCCAAGAUCCGGCACGGCCUCGGCCUCUCGCUUUGGGCCAGUGGGAACCUGGAGGAGGCGCAGCAUCAGCUCUACCGGGCCUCGGCGCUCUUUGAGACCAUUCGGCACGAGGUGCAGCUGAGCACGGACUACAAGCUCUCGCUCUUCGACCUGCAGACCUCCUCCUACCAGGCCCUGCAGCGGGUGCUGGUCAGUCUAGGGCACCACGAUGAGGCGCUGGCGGUGGCAGAACGAGGCCGCACGAGGGCCUUUGCUGACCUGCUGGUGGAGCGCCAGACGGGGCCGCAGGAAUCUGACCCCUACUCCCCUGUGACCGUGGAUCAGGUGCUGGAGACAGUCAACAGCCAGCGGGGGCUGGUCCUAUACUACUCCUUGGCUGCAGGAUACCUCUACAGCUGGCUGCUGGCCCCUGGGGCAGGGAUCCUGAAGUUCCACUCCUGCUGCUUGAGCGAUGGCCCAGCUGAGGACUCCGCAGACUUCCCAGAAUGCAGUGCGAGCCUGCAGGUGCUGACCAGCUCUGCCCUGGAGCAGCUCAGCUCCAGCGUGCGGGAGACCCUGGGGGUCGAUUCCUACUACCUGCGGGGCUGCACCAGCAGCGAGACCGAGAGCGAGGCAGGAGACGUCAUGGACCAGCAGUACGAGGAGGCGAACCAUAAGCUGAACUCUGUGACGGACCCGACCGGCUUCCUGAGGAUGGUCAGCAGGAACAACCUGUUCAACAGGAGCUGCCAGAGCGUGAGCAGCCUCUUCACCAGCCCAGUGUCCCCAGCCAAGGAGGCCACGUCUUCACUGCCCCGGCGGCCAAGCUCACUCAGCAAGUCCCCGCUGCGGGCCCUCUACGACCUGCUGAUUGGGCCCAUGGAAGGGGGCUUGAUGCAUUCCAGUGGCCCCGUCGGCCGCCACCGGCAGCUCAUCCUGGUUCUGGAGGGGGAGCUGUACCUCAUCCCCUUCGCCCUCCUGAAGGGCAGCUCGUCCAACGAGUACCUCUUCGAGCGCUUCAGCCUCAUUGCCGUGCCCUCCGUCCAGGCUCUGAACCCACACGCCAAGAGCCAGUCCAAGAAGAGCCCCGCGGGCUACAGCGGCUCCCCCUCCAUGGCCGCCGUCAUCGGCAGCCCCAAGCUGCCCUCCUCAGUGAUGGACCGCUGGCUGUGGGGGCCCAUGCCCUCAGCGGAGGAGGAGGCCUACGCCGUGUCUGAGCUGCUGCGCUGCCAGCCGCUUGUGGGCAGCCUGGCCACCAAGGAGCGGGCGAUGAGCGCGCUGGCACAGGCCGAGUGCGUGCACUUUGCCACUCACGUCUCCUGGAAGCUGGCUGCUCUGGUCCUGACUCCCAGCGCGGAGAGCAGCCCUGCGGGGAACAAGGGCUUCUGCGGGAACUCCUACACCAUCCCCGAGUCCCUGCGCGUGCAGGACGACGCCAGCGACGUGGAGAGCCUCUCGGACUGCCCGCCCCUGCAGGAGUUCCUGCUCACUGCGGCGGACAUCCUGGACCUGCGCCUGCCGGCCAAGCUGGUGGUGCUGGGCUCCCACCAGGAGUCCAACAGCAAGCUGACCGCCGACGGGGUGAUCGGGCUGACGCGGGCCUUCCUGGCGGCUGGGGCGCAGUGCGUCCUGGUCUCUCUGUGGCCGGUCCCGGUGGCCGCUUCCAAGACGUUUGUGCACACGUUCUACUCGGCCCUGCUGAACGGGCUGAAGGCCAGCGCUGCCCUCGGGGAGGCCAUGAAGGUCCUGCAGGCGAACCAGGAGUUCUCCCACCCGUCCAACUGGGCAGGCUUCAUGCUGAUUGGGACCGAUGUGAAGCUCAACAGCCCUUCUUCUCUGAUUGGACAGGCCUUGACGGAGAUCCUCCAGCACCCGGAUCGAGCCCGUGACGCCCUGAGGGUUCUGCUGCACCUGGUGGAGAAGUCCCUGCAGCGCAUCCACAGCGGGCAGCACAACUCCAUGUACACCUCGCAGCAGAGUGUGGAAAACAAAGUGGGGGGCAUCCCAGGCUGGCAGGCGCUGCUGACUGCGGUCGGCUUCCGGCUGGACCCCCCAGCCAGUGGGCUGCCAGCGGCCGUCUUCUUCCCCACGGCAGACCCGGGAGACCGACUCCAGCGCUGCAGCACAACGUUGCAGGCCUUGCUGGGGUUGCCGAAUGCUGCUCUGCAGGCUCUCUGCAAGCUCACCAGCGCCUCCGAAACCGGGGAGCAGCUCAUUGGCCAGGCUGUUAAAAACAUGGUGGGACUGCUCCACCAGGUGCUGGUGCAACUCCAGGGAGGAGAGAAGGAGCAGGACUUCUCUUUGGCCCCGAUCCAGGUCUCCAUCAGCGUCCAGCUGUGGCGGCUGCCCGGCUGCCAUGAGUUCCUGGCAGCUUUAGGUUUCGACCUGUGUGAAGUCGGGCAGGAGGAGGUGACGCUGAAGACGGGCAAACAGGCCAGUCGGAGAACCAUGCACUUUGCCGUCCAGACCCUGCUGGCCCUAUUUGACUCCACAGAGCUCCCCAAACGCCUGAGCUUGGACAGCUCCUCGUCCUUGGAGUCCCUGGCCUCGGCUCAGUCAGUCUCCAACCCCGGACCUCUCGGCUAUCAGAACCCGCCCUUCUCCCCCACCGGGCCUGACAGCUUGGCCUCAGACGCCAUCUCGGUGUACAGCCUGAGCUCCAUUGCCUCCUCCGUCAGCUUUGCCUCAAAGCCAGAGUGUGUGCUGGAAGGCGGAGGCGCCCGGAGUCGCACCGAUUACGAGAGGCCAAAGAACAUCUAUCUCCAAAGGACGCUGAUGAAACAUGGCGCCUUCUUCUCACAGACUAGCACUGCCUUUGGCAAAGAUGGGGAUGACUAUGAAGGGUUCUCCAUCCUCAGCAGUGACCCUCUUGCGCCCUACCAGGAGGCGAGAAGGCCACGGUUCUCCCCUGACCACAAACCCUCCCAGAUUGGUAAGGCUGGAGGAGUCAAGAUUUCCGUCAGCUCCAAGGGGAGCGUCAGUUCCCCAAACUCCCCCGUGAAAAUGACUCUCAUUCCCAGCCCCAAUUCCCCCUUCCAAAAGGUUGGGAAACUUGCAAGCUCAGAUGCAGCUGACUCCGAUCAGUCCAGCACUGAAACGGACAGCACCGUCAGAUCACAGGAGGAGGGCGAGGACAACCCGAAGCUGGACCCGGGGGCGCUGGCCCAGAAGAUCCUGGAGGAGACCCAGAGCCACCUCCUGGCCGUGGAGCACCUGCAGCGGAGCACCAGCCAGCUCAGCAAGAGCAGCAGCUUGGACAACGGGACGGCUCUGCUUGCCGGGGCCUCCUCCUUCCGGGCAUCGGAGACCAGCGCCUUCAGCAGGCCCCUGUGGUCCAGUCACAAGGGCCAGCCCUCCCCGCCUUCUGCGAAGCCAAAGCCACCAGCCAGGAGCUCCUCCCUGCAGAAGGUGAGCUCCGGCUACAGCAGCCCAACCACGUCUGAGGCGUCUGCCAGAGAGGGCACGGGACAGUCCGGCAGCCAGCCCUUCUGCAGCAGCUCCGAGUCACAUGGCUCGCUCUUCAGGCUCAAGUACCCCAGCUCCCCGUUCAGCACUCACAUCUCCAAAUCCCCCAGGAACCUCUCCCCGAGCUCAGGGCACCCCUCCCCAGCGGGCAGCAGCCCCUCCCCCGCGCUCUCCUACUCUUCCGCCAGCUCCGCCCGCUCGAGCCCUGCCGAUGCCCCCGCCCUGGACAAGCUCAAGAUGGCCACCAUUGACGAGAAGGUGCAGGCCAUCCACAACCUGAAGAUGUUGUGGCAGAACAGCCCCCAGUGCUCCACGGGCCCCACGAAGAUCUUGCGGAGCGCCUCGGGCAGAGCCCGGCGAGACGUUCUGAGUCUAUUGAACUUGUCUCCACGGCACAGCAAGGCCGGCCCCACGGACAAGGUGGAACUGAAGGACUUGUCAGCCCCACAGUCCCUGAACACGUCACAGAAGAACCCCCAGAAUGGACACAGACGGCCUGACCCCUCACCAUCCCCACUUCCGACCAGCACGGCGGGCUCUGGGCACCCUUUGCGGCUGCCUUCGGGGAAUGGUUACAAAUUCCUGUCCCCAGGACGGUUCUUUCCUUCUUCCAAAUGCUGAAGUCCUUUUGAUCUCACCAGGUGUCUGGGCCUUUUUUCCGGCCCACGUGCUUGAAUGAUACGGGACUUGGGAAAACAAACCUAAGAACUUGGGCCCGGGGUGCUUCUCACUGGCUUUGCGAGCUUGAUGCUUGCCUUUCUGCUUGCCCCUGCCUGAGACUCCGUUUUCCAGCAGCGUGUGCGUGCGUGUGAGGUGGGGGGGGGGGGUGUCCAUCUGAAAACGCACACUUUUUUGUGUGAUGAGAGGUACAAGCCAUGUUGUUGAUGCUUCCGGGGAGGGCUGGGGACGGCGCAGUUCUGCCCCUACGACGACAGGUUUACUCGGCUCGCCCGUGGUCGGGGGAGGGGAGGAAAUGGCCCCCCCUCUCAGGUUUUUUUCUGAUCCUGGGUUCCAGCUCACAGACCUUGUCUGGCAGGGACAGACGGGGACCCCUUUGUGACUGCAGAGGGAAUGGGGGAAGAGGCUGCUCUCCACAGGGGGCUGAAGCCCCUACAGGAAUGGGGAGGCAAAGCGGGGGGGGGGGGACACAAGUCUGACCCUCCCUGGGACCAGAGGAGGCCACCUUGGAGGCCUCAGGCCCUGCCUGUCCAGAUGCCCGUCACUGCAGCUGCUUUGCUAUGCAGACCCCCUCUCCCCAGCUGCAACUGACCUCUUUGCUCCUCUUGGGCCUCCACUGCCGCUGGAGAGCGUGAUGCACGCCCUUUGAGGGGCUGGGGGGAUCCGUGGCCGCAUGCAGGCCCCUCCUCUACUCCUCGGAGGACCAAAUGGCAGCUCUGACUCAUCCACCUCAUCCCUUCUGCAAGGGCAGCCACACCCUCCUCCCUCCCCACCUUCUGAGCCGGACCGGCACCCCCCCCCCUCGCUGCCUUGCCCUUGUGCUGGAGGCAGACGACUUAGGGCACUGCGGGGGGGGGGGGGGUCUGCUGCCUGAAGCCCACUACUUGUCACACGCCCAGCAAGGCAUGAGAAGGCAGCCCGUGGGCUUGUGUCCCAUGGAACAUUUCCAAACAUCAACAGACUGGAGAGUUAGGUGGGAAGCAGCCCCCCCCCCCCCCCCCCCCCCCGAUUCAUUUUGGACCAGAAAGGAAGCCUUACACUAAAGCCAUAAAAACUCAAUUCUGGACUGACUUGACGGUGCCCACUCCUCAGUGUGUCUGAACUGGUGACUGGCAGAACUGGGUGGGGAAUGGGGGGAGGGGUGCUUCCUCUCCCCCCCCCCCCCCGGUCUCCUAGCAGCCAGUGCUGAGCUGCUUUUCGCACAUGUGCAAGCUCUUGGGAGCAGCGCACUGCACACAACUCCUGGGCAGCAGCGCAUGGGCAUGUUCAGUUGGAGCAAGACUGUUAUUUGGACCUGCCUGCAGUCCCACGGUUUCCUAUGCAAAGUCACACUGUGGGUGGGGAACCCCAGCAGAAUCAAGGAGGGCCUCUCCACCAGGCCAGCCCCCCUGCAAAAUGUGGCUUCUUGGUGCUCUUCCAGUGGGCCCCGGGGGCAAUUCCGGCCACCCCAGCCUCCCAAGUGUCGGUAGGGGGAAGUUGCUGAGCCACCGCCUUCCGGGGCCUUUGGCUGCAGGAAGCCACCCUGUAGCGCUUCCGACCCCUGCUCUGGCCACCCCCGCAAGCCUGCCUGCCUGAGUGGAAUGGGUGGGCUCUUUGGAUGGGGGAAGGCAGGGAGCUCAGCCCCCCCCCCACGCCCUCUUCCUUGUUGUCUUCGUGCAUGUUCCACGCCCUGUGCUCCCCCCGUUAGAAGUGUCCUGUGUGUGCUCAUCCCCACUCUCCUGUCAUGCCUACCCUCACCUGCUGGUGCCCACCCCCAAGAAAGCCCUUCUGAAGAGAGGGCUCCCUCCGUGACCCCGCAGCCACUGGCUGGAGCUGUCCAGAACCCCCAUCUCUCUCCAUCGGUCCUUUUCUUCAGCAAGGCUCUGGGGGCGCAAAGGCAGAAAUGGGGUCUGAGCGUCCACACGUGCUCCCGUGUGCCCCGACUCUCCUGCACCUGGAGGGCUGGCCAGAGGCGACAGGUCUGGUGGCCCCAGGAGCCUACGCAGACACACGACACUCCCCCCCCCCCCGCACUCCUCUGCACUUCGUCUUAUGUAGCAUCAGCCGCCUUCGGCCUCCAGGGACAUUUUUGUACACUCCAUUCUGUUUCCAGGCAGCUGCCAACUUUUGAUAUGACAACCGUGACCCUGUAAAAAGAAGUCCCUAUUUUUAUUGCAACCGUGCGGGCACUUGGCCGCCUCCUUUGUGAUUUCAGUGUCUAUUAAAGCAUGAUCUCUCUCUCUCG